GUCCGUGCGGCGGAAGCGCUGUCUGGGGCGGUUGAGUCGCCGCCCGGCGCCGCGCGAAGCUGAUGUAACCCGGAGCCGGCGGCUGGAGACGGGCCGCGGGGGCGCCUCGCCGGGGAGCAGCGGGUCGGGUCACGUUUGUAAAGGCUUGACUGGUCAAAGUCUGACGCGAUGGGGGACGAGCUGACCGCAAGGGAGAAAUGCCACCUGAUCACCCGGAACCUACAGGAGGUUCUCGGGGAGGAUAAGCUGAUGACCAUCCUGAAAGAGCGUGAUCUGAAGGUAUACUGGGGGACAGCCACAACAGGAAAGCCUCACGUAGCCUACUUCGUACCGAUGUCCAAGAUUGCAGACUUCCUGAAGGCUGGAUGUGAGGUGACGAUCCUGUUCGCUGACCUCCACGCGUACCUAGACAACAUGAAGGCGCCGUGGGAGCUGCUGGAGCUGCGCACACAAUACUAUGAGACCAUGAUCAAGGCCGUGCUGGAGAGCAUCGGCGUGCCUCUCGACAAGCUGAAAUUCAUCCGGGGCACCGACUACCAGCUCAGCAAGGACUACACGUUGGACGUCUACAGGCUCUCUUCUCUAGUCACCCAGCACGAUGCCAAGAAAGCUGGAGCAGAGGUGGUGAAGCAAGUAGAGCAUCCCUUGCUGAGUGGUCUGCUCUACCCAGAACUGCAGGCCCUGGACGAGGAGUACUUGAAGGUUGAUGCUCAGUUUGGAGGAGUGGAUCAGAGGAAGAUUUUCACCUUUGCAGAAAAGUACCUGCCCUCCUUGGGCUAUGCCAAGCGCCUCCAUUUGAUGAACCCAAUGGUUCCGGGGCUGACAGGCACCAAGAUGAGCUCUUCGGAAGAGGAAUCGAAGAUCGACCUUCUGGAUCAGAAGGAGGACGUGAAGAAGAAACUGAAGAAGGCAUUUUGUGAGCCAGGAAACGUGGAGAACAAUGGCAUUCUGUCCUUCAUCAAGCACGUCCUCUUCCCACUCAAGUCAGAGUUUGUGAUAUUGAGAGACACAAAAUGGGGAGGAAACAAAACCUACACGACUUAUGAAGAGCUGGAAAAGGACUUUGCGACUGAGGUUGUGCACCCGGGGGACCUGAAGAGCUCGGUGGAAGUGGCCCUGAACAAGCUGCUUGACCCCAUCAGAGAGAAGUUCAACACCCCAGACCUGAAGAAAUUGACUAGGGCAGCGUAUCCUGACCCAUCCAAAGCCAAGGCUUCAGUGAAAAACUCCACCAAGAAUUCAAACCCUGAGGACGUGAUCCCGUCCCGGCUGGACAUCCGUGUUGGCAAAGUGAUCAGUGUGGAAAAGCACCCUGAUGCCGACAGCCUUUACCUGGAGAAGAUUGACGUGGGCGAGCCUGAGCCACGGACAGUGAUCAGCGGCCUGGUGCAGUUGGUGCCGAAGGAGCAGCUGCAGGACAGGAUGGUGGUGCUGCUGUGCAACCUGAAGCCCCAGAAGAUGAGGGGAGUGGAGUCCCAGGGCAUGCUGCUGUGUGCUUCCAGCGUGGGGGAGCCCCAUCAGGUGGAGCCCCUGGACCCGCCAGCGGGCUCCUGCCCAGGAGAGCGUGUCUACGUGGAAGGCUACGACAGCGGGCAGCCUGACGACGAGCUCAAACCCAAGAAGAGAGUCUUCGAGAAGUUGCAGGCUGACUUCCGGAUCUCUGAGGACUGUGUCGCCCAGUGGAAGCAGAAGAAUUUCAUGACUAAGCUGGGGAACAUCUCGUGUAAAACACUGAAGGGCGGAAACAUCAGUUAACAAGUGCCAGCCCGUCCCUCUUGUCCUCUCCUCACCUGUUGUCAUCCACUGCUCCAUUUUGGGUUCUCUUCCCCCAACUUCCUCCACAAUCGCUGCAGGGCCACGCUCCCCCCACUGCAGCAUGCCUCUAAGUGAGGGAGCUUCGGCCCAAAGCACCUGGGGCUCAGAGGCUGAAUGUGCGAAAUGCAGUAGAUGGUUCACACCUUGUAACUGAACUUAGGUAGGUUCAGUGGAGAACUCGCCUCCAGAAGCAACCUGUUUCCCUUUGAGCUGCCAUGGACCUGUUCCCACCCAGCUGAUCUCUGGAGAAGGCCAAGCAUGACUCAGGGGGACCAUGUAGCUCCUGAGCCCCCAGCAGGAGCUAGGGCUGCAGCCAGUUGUCUGUUUCCCCUGUGAGUCCUCCUACGUGCGGCUCUCCUGACGUGUCUGAAACAGGGGUAACGCUGUGAUUGUGUAAAAGCACGGGCUGUCAUCUGACUUUCUGUGGGUGGAUUCCAGCGGCUUUGAAGGUUGCACUGGAACGGGCUGGCAGCCUGACCGGCAGCUGCUGCUGUUGGAAAGCUCUGGUAAUUUUGGGAAGAACCUGUGUAGUUUGUAACAGGGGAAGAGGGACUGCGUGGCAUCCUGUGUAAUGACCGUCACCCUGCAGCUGCCUCAGCCCCACAUGCGCUUGGUGCAGGGCUUGAACUGUGAAGACGAUGGGGCUGGGCCUGUGGAGGGCACGCAGGGCUCUCUAGAUGCUCACGGCUGCUCUAACAGGCAGCAGGGCUGCUCUGGCAAGCCUGUCCCUGGGCUUGCAGAACAGGGUUUUGGCACUCAGCCCAUGGGGCUGCAGGUGGGGGUCCUCUCCCUUUAGUGUUGAAUCUGAAAUCAUCCAUCAAUUGUUAAAAACCCCAAUAAAGUGUGAAACUGA